AUGGAAAAGCCUCCAGUGGAAUUAAAAUUUAUUUAUCCAUUUGUAAGGCGUGGUGAAGAAAUGAAAAAAGUAGAUAAAGUAGUAUUUUAUUAUUGUUAUUUUUGGGCAGUAAAACGAGGACUUGAAUUACAACCGAAGACUAAAAAAUCAGAAAUAUAUUUAGAGAAAAUGAUGGAAAAAUUGGAAUCGGUUAAAGAAGAUCCAAUGUAUAAAUCAAUAAUUCAAGAUGAAAUAUCAGGAAAAAUAUAUAUGGAGAAAUUUGCGGAACAAAUUUUAAGAAAUGCAGAUGAAGACAUUCGAAUGAAACGAGUUUCGCUUCAAACAUCUAAAAAGUUUUUAGCUGCAGUCAAUUUUUUUGAAGUUUUAAAAAUAUGGGGAGAAUUGAGUCCAGAUAUACUUUAUAAGUUAAAAUAUUCUAAAAUUUGUGCUGUCGAUAUUAUCAAAGCAUGUAAAAAUUGUCAAGAUCCAAAUGAUAUAUUAUUUCGAGAGAAAUCUAUAUCAAAACCCGAAAUUCCAUCUAAUCUUAUUGAAAAAGAAAAAGAUUCAAUAAUUAAUGAUUCAUCAUUUGAUAAUUUUCUAACAUUUAAUUUUGAUCUUGAAAAAAAAGAUACAUCAAAUAAUCUUUUAAGUUCGGAAAUCGAAAUUAACAAUGAUACCUUUCAUAAAAUGACUAAAUCUGAACAUAAUCAAUCAACUUUACCUGAUACAUCUUAUCUUUCUAAUAUACAAGUCGUUGAAGAUAAAAUAGAAAAAAUAGAAAAAGCACAAAAACAUGCACGAUGGGCAAUUAGUGCUCUUAAUUUCGAAGAUAUAAAUACCGCUAUAUCUCAAUUAAAACUUUCUUUAGAUAUUCUUGAAUCUAUUUAA